ACACUUUCAGGUAUAAAGCCAUAGAGGAAAGCCAAAGGUAGCCACAUCAGAGAACCUAAUUUUCCAGAACUUCAAUUUUUGCAAACUCCUGAUUGGCUCCAUGACACCUUGAUUUGAUGUUCCAUUUUCCCCCUAUUUUCCAUUGGUUAUGGGCCCAUGAGCUGCUCCUAAUUGGCUACCAGGGAAUGUCAAUCAUCAUGGUGAGGUCAACCCUCACUAUCUUGCAGGCUGAUCCAGCAGUAUAAGUACAAGGAACUGAGGAAGGAAGGUUUCUUUAGGAGCUUCCCCAGGUGAUAGAAAGUUGUAAUUGUCCACCGAACAGGAUGGCUUCCCAAGUUUGUCAGAACUUCCACCAGGAAUGUGAAGAUGCAAUCAACAGGCAGAUUAACAUGGAGCUCUAUUCCUCCUAUGUUUAUCUCUCCAUGUCCUUUUACUUUGACCGGGAUGACAUUAGCCUACAUCACUUCUCCAAGUUCUUCAGGAAGCAGUCCUAUGAGGAACAGCAGCAUGCCGAGAAAUGGAUGGAAUUCCAGAAUCUGCGAGGAGGCCGGAUCGUGCUGGAGGACAUCAAGAAGCCAGAGCAGGAUGACUGGACCAAUGCUCUGGAAGCGAUGCAGAGAGCCCUGCAGAUGGAGAAGGACGUGAACCUGAGUCUCCUGGAUCUGCACAAGCUUUCCACUCAGCAUGGUGACCCUCAUCUAUGUGAUUUCCUGGAGAGGAACUAUCUGGAUGAGCAAGUGAAGAUGAUCAAGAAGCUUGGAGAUUACGUCACCAACCUGAGGAGACUGGGCGCCCCCGAGAAUGGCCUGGGAGUGUACCUGUUUGACAGACUGUCCCUGGAGGAGAAGGAUUAGAAGGACUUCAUGUCAUUACCUGUUAAAAUUGUAAAAUCAAACUCUUUAUUUGUGUGAAUCUUAACUUGACUA